AUUUGCAGCAGAAACUUCAGACUCCAACAAGGCAUUAAGACGAUUUUCACGGCGUUUUUCUUUUCUCCUAUUAAUCUAUUCAUUGAUUUCAGGGCGGAAUAUCGCGAAUUUGAGAAGAAAAUGAUCAUUCCGAUUCGAUGCUUUUCGUGCGGGAAGGUUGUUGGAGAUCUGUGGGAGCGUUAUUUGCAGCUGCUGGACGAGGGAAUUCCAGAUGGUGAUGCAAUGGACCAGUUGGGUUGCAAGCGAUAUUGCUGUCGCCGAAUGAUAAUGACCCAUGUUGAUUUAAUUGAGAAAUUACUUCGCUACAACCCGGCUGAAAGAGACCGUGCGAAAGCUCAGAUAUAAAUUCGGUCCCAAACGGAGAAAACGAUGGAAAAGAACCACGCCAAACACUCGGGAACUCUCCCACAAUCAAUCAAAUGGGUGUACCACCGAACAGUCAGCUUGAUUAUGAUCGAACUCGGCAACGCAGCCCGUUCGAUGCUCAGUUUCCAAGGCGUCCAAAGUGAUUUGUCGGGCCUUGGUUGCACUGUGUUGGUAUAAGACAAUGACUCGAUGCCAUAUUAUCAAGUCAUUGGAAACGGUUUUAAUGGGUAAAAUACUGCUCUUGGCUCGGCGUUGGUUAUUUUCGGACACACAUAGAGCGCUUCAAAGAAUACCGCAGAGAAUAUUCAUACAAGCGUCGUUUGCUACAUUGGAAUUUUCUUUCUUGGCGUUAGGGUGAGGGUUCCUGUUACAUUUAUAACCACGUUUUAUAUUCAUCACAGAUAAAUUGAAUAUUAUACCUUUUCUUUCC